AUGAUGGAUUUCACUGAUGGUUAUUUGUCAAAUGAGCAUCAGGAACAACUUUGUUCUGCUUCUGAAAGUGCAGAUCCAUUAUCCAUCUCUCCAUUGCAGAUUUCUAUGUCCACAAAGUCACCAAGAUCCCCAAAAUCGCCAAGAUCCCCAAAGUCUCCAAGAUCUCCAAGGUCUCCAAAUAAUCAUCAAGGCAAACAUGGCACAAACAAGGGGAGCCCACUCAAGAAUGAAAGGCAUUCACAUUCUGGAAAAGAUGGCCAUCCUAAGAAAGGUGGUUCUGGGGGAAAAGGAACUUGGGGAGGUUUACUUGAUGUGGAUGAUAGUUAUGCCCUCGAUCCCAAUGACCCAAACUACAGUAGCAAUGAGGAGCAUGAACAAUCAAGCACCAGAAAACCAAGUGCACAAUUUGAGGAGUACAAAAAGAAAGCCACAAUUAUAGUGGAAGAAUACUUUGCCACUGAUGAUGUUGACUCAACUGCCAAUGAAUUAAGGGAAUCUGGAAUGCCAAGCUAUAACUAUUAUUUUGUGAAGAAGCUUGUCUCUAUGGCUAUGGAUAGGCAUGACAAAGAGAAAGAAAUGGCUGCAGUUCUAUUGUCCUCACUUUAUGCUGAUGUCAUUGAUCCCCCACAAGUUUACAAAGGCUUUAGUAAGCUUGUGCAAUCUGCAGAUGACUUGAUUGUAGAUAUACCGGACAUAGUUGAUGUCCUUGCAUUGUUUAUCGCACGAGCUGUGGUUGAUGACAUACUUCCUCCGGCAUUUUUGACAAAAGAAAUGGCCUCUUUAUCCAAGAAUUCAAAGGGAGUUGAUGUCAUUAAAAGAGCUGAGAAAGGAUACUUAUCAGCCCCUCUCCAUGCAGAAAUAAUCGAGCGCCGCUGGGGGGGCAGCAACAACAAAACAGUUGAAGAUGUGAAGGGUAAGAUUCACAAUCUGUUGGUUGAGUAUGUAGUGAGUGGUGACACAAAAGAGGCUUGCAGAUGCAUUAAGGAUUUAAAAGUACCUUUCUUCCACCAUGAGAUAGUUAAACAGGCUAUUAUAAUGGCAAUGGAAAGGCACCAAGCUGAGAGCCGGCUUUUGGAUUUGUUGAAGACAGCUUCUGAAGAAGGAGUGAUUUAUUCAAGUCAAAUCUCAAAAGGUUUCGGUCGGAUUAUUGACACUGUUGAUGACUUGUCACUUGACAUUCCAAAUGCAAAAGGUAUAUUGCAGUCCUUGAUCUCCAAGGCAGCAUCAGAGGGUUGGUUGUGUGCCUCAUCCUUGAAGUCACUGUCCUUACAGUCUGAAAAGCGAUUUUUAGAAGAAAGUGCUGCCAAAGCCUUCAAGAUGAGGGCACAGACCAUUAUUCAGGAGUAUUUUUUGUCUGGUGAUAUCUCAGAAGUAAGUCAUUGUCUUGAAUCACAGAAUAGUUCUUCUUUGGCUGAACUGAAUGCAAUAUUUGUUAAGAAGCUGAUAACUCUGGCAAUGGAUCGAAAAAAUAGAGAGAAAGAAAUGGCUUCUGUUUUGCUGUCAUCCUUAUGUUUUCCAGCUGAUGAUAUGGUAAAUGGAUUCAUUAUGCUGAUAGAAAAUGCAGACGACACUGCUCUGGACAUUCCCAUUGUUGUUGAGGAUCUAGCGCUGUUUUUAGCUAGAGCUGUUGUGGAUGAAGUCCUGGCUCCACAACACUUGGAGGAGAUUGGGAGCCGGUGCUUGGGGUCAGACUCAUUAGGAAUCAAAGUGCUCCAAAUGGCGAAGUCAUUGCUAAAGGCUCGUCUUUCAGGGGAGCGAAUCUUAAGAUGUUGGGGUGGUGGAGGAAGUUGUAGGAAUGGAUGGGCCAUUGAGGAUGUAAAGGACAAGAUCGGAAAGCUGUUAGAGGAGUUCGAGUCUGGUGGGGAUAUAAGUGAAGCUUUUCGGUGCAUAAAGGAGUUAGGUAUGCCAUUUUUUCACCAUGAGGUUGUUAAAAAAUCAAUGGUGGUAGUUAUGGAGAAGAAAAACAAUAGAUUGUGGGGUUUGCUCAGAGAGUGUUUUAGCACGGGACUCAUAACAAUGAAUCAGAUGACGAAGGGCUUUGGGAGAAUGGCAGAAUCUCUUGAUGACUUGGCUUUGGAUAUACCUGAUGCUAAGCAACAACUUACACACUAUGUUCAACAGGCCAAGGCUGAAGGGUGGUUGGAUUCAUCCUUUGAUAGAUCAGGACAUGCUGCAGAGAAUGGUUUUUGUUUAUGAUGCUGAGGUUCUCACCUCACUCAGUUUGCAAACUAUGGCAUCAAUUUAAUCUGUUCUACAUACGGUCCAUCUGAGAUCUUCAGUACUGCUGCUUAAAUACUUUAUCAAGGGGUGGAGUUAAUCGGUUUUCUUUUGUGUGGAUGCUCUAU